UCCCGCACGCCCCCGUGAGGCUAGCAGGGGCUCCUCGUCCUGGUCCUGGUCCUCGUCCUGGUCCUGGUCCUGGUCUUCUUCAUCGCCAAAUCCACCGCGUCGCUGCUCUGUUGCCCGUCGCGGCCGAGUUAGCCCACUUUUGGGAGCGUUUUUCAUCCUUUGUGUUGCCGAAUAACUUCAAAUUGUGCGCGCUGGAAACUUUUUCGAAUGGAGUUUGCGUCUGUGAUUUAGCCACCGCCGAGAGUCCCUUGCAAAAUCUCGCGUUGCAUGUGGAAGCCUAAUCCAAACUGGAUGGGAAUUAUGUUUUUGUUCUGAGGGGGAGAGAAACAGACGGACAGAAGUCGCCCCGGAACUCAUCGGCAUGUAGCGGGGGUGCGAACUCGUGGCAUGUCAAUCACUGCAGGCCCCGCCUCCCGUGAUGGUACAACCCCAACAACAACUCUACAUUCACAUUCGCCGACUCCAACGUCACUCACCAGGCCAGGCCCCGCCAAAGUCAUAGAUACUACAGUGUAGAACCACCUGUCCACCUGUCCUCAUCCGUUGGGAAUGGGCCAGCAUCUGGCCAGGGAGCAUCUGGACUCCACGCGCCGGUGCGGCCGGCGCGGCCCGAGAGUGAGGGGGGCCGCGGCCAGCUCGUGAAGGCGGCCUAACCCUGCCCCCUCUUACUCUCGCUCCUUUUCUCUCUUUCUGUCUCUCUUGCUUUCCCUCUGCCUCCAUCUUCAUUGUGACUUUUGAACUUGCGAUGCCCUUCCGGCUGAAGCUGCGGCGCACGCGGCGCUACAACGUCCUGAGCAAGAACUACUUUGUGACGCGCAUUCGGCUGCUGGACAACAACGUGAUCGAAUGCACGCUGUCGGUGGAGAGCACGGGGCAGGAAUGCCUGGAAGCCGUGGCGCAGCGACUGGAACUACGUGAGACUCCCUACUUCGGCCUGUGGUUCCAAGGGAAGACCCAGGCUCCGGCGCAGCGUUGGGUGGAGUUGGAGAAGCCCCUCAAGAAGCAGCUGGACAAGUUCGGCAAUGAGCCGCUGCUCUUUUUCGGGGUCAUGUUCUACGUGCCCAGCGUGUCCCGCUUGGAGCAGGAAGCCACCAGGUAUCAGUAUUACCUUCAGGUGAAGAAGAAACUGUUGGACGGACGUCUCCACUGCACGGUGGAGCAGGGCAUCAGACUAGCUGGCCUAGCAGUACAAGCCGACUUCGGGGACUUCACUCAGUUCAUGUCUCAGGACUUCCUCAGGGAGUACGUGCUCUUUCCAGUGAACUGGCCUAAUGGAGACGAGGUGCUGGAGGAGUGGACUCAGAAGGUUGCCGAAGAGCACAAGAGCCACUGUCGAAUGCAGGCGGCCGAAGCGGAGCUGUUGUACAUCAAGGAGAUUGAGAAACUGGACGGCUUCGGCCAGGAGAGUUUCGCCGCUAAGGACAACUACACCAACGACAUUUUCAUCGGCAUGUCUUUCAUCGGCGUCUUCGUCAAGCACAGAAACGGAAGGUCCAUCAUGCUCCACAGGUGGAAGGACAUCGGCACCAUAGCGCACAACAAGUCGGCCAUCACGGUGGAGAUAACCAGUCGGGACGACACCAUCAUCUUUCACAUGGAGGAUAUGGAAAUGGCCAAGUACAUCGCUCGUCUGUUCACGGCCAGACACAAGUUCUACAAACAGAACAAGAUUUGCGCAGAGCCGACUCACUCCCCUGCGCCAAUCAGGAGACGGCCGACCUGGACGCACCGCCUCUCUCUGCCCCGGCCGCAGUCCUGUAACUUCCAGACAAUGCAUUCCCAGUAUGGAGAACAUUACCAAGACACGAAAAGCUCGCAAGACAGCAUCUUCCACGACGACCCCUACUACAAGUCCGAGAGCAGCCUGGACCACUGCCAGGUGGACUUUCCCUUCCGCAACGGCACGCUGCCCAACGGAAGCGUGUACAGCAGCCCCAGCCUGAGCUCCCUCAACCGCUCGCAGACGUUCGUGGCGCCCUCGCCCAUGUCGUCCAACCUCAGCAUCCCGGGCAGCGAGCUGAUGCGGCCCGACUACAUCCCCAGCCACCGGCACAGCGCCAUCAUCGCGCCGUCCUACCGGCCCACGCCCGAGUACGACGCCGUGAUGCGGCAGAAGCGGCGGGUGCUGCACGCGCACCACGACCUCCACAGCCAGUCGCUGCGCAGUCUGAACAUUAGCAACGCCUGCGCUUAUCGGCAGCCUGAGGCGCUGGUGUAUAGCCAGCCCGAAAUGAGGGAGAGGGGCCCCUAUCAUGGCCUGGGACCCAGCCAGGGACCGUACGCACAGAUCAGUUACAGUAAGCCAGUGUCUCACGGCCCCCAUCAGGGAGGACCGGCCAGCAGUCAGGGUCCUUGUCAUUCGCCUUGCGUCAACGGCGGCGGCGGCGUGGGAAGCUCGAUCUCUCACACGGUCAGCACACCCGAGCUGGCCAACACCAAACAACAAGGGAGCGCCGCCGGCAGCUACGCCGCCACCGCUCAGGUCGUGAGGAACCACGUAGCGCGACCGCCCCCGCCGUACCCCUCCACGCCCUUCCGGCCCGCCACCAGCACGCCGGACCUGGCGAGCCACCGCCUGCGCUGCAUCGGCGGCAGCAGCCCGGAGCUGGUCACCCGCAUGGUGCAGCUGUCCGUCAAGACCUUCCAGCCGGACAGCUCGGCGGUGGUGCACCAGUCCCUGCAGGAGGUCAGCGAGCCGCUCACCGCCAACGUGGCCAAGCGCCGCUCCGCCCUGGGCAAGAGGCACAGCAUGGAGGUGAUCAGCAGCAUGAGAGGCGGUGGCAUGGAGGGCACGGCGAUGAAGGGCAUCAACGCUCCUCUUCAUCGAAGGAAUACUCUCCGGGAGCACGUGUCGCAAGCGCCUCAGCCUCAUCCGCCGCAAUCCAAAGACUCGCCCGUCCCGACGCCCCCCCAGAAGGAACCGGCGGCGGCGCCCGCCGUGGCCUACCAGCAUCAAAAGACUCUCUCCAACGCCACCAUGCUCAUCCACAGCAGCGAGAGCGAGGAGGAAGAGGAGGAGGAGGAAGAGGAGGAGGAGAGGCCGGAGCUGGAUGUCCAAAUCCCGGGCCUCAACGAGGACGUCAGCAUCAGCGCCCAGUUGCAGGCCGCCCUGGCCAAACUGCCCAACAAGCCCCCUCCGGAGUACCCGGGCCCCCCCAGGCCCCCCGGCAACGUUUCCCUUCACAACCACACGCGCCACCGCGACCACGAUCCGGCACCGCACGGCGGCCGGGCGAAUCCCGAGGACGGCGAGCCCGGCAGCGGGGGUAGCGGGACUCUGACGCGAGGGGACCAGGGCGGCGUCAACGGCAACGUUUUGGGUCCGUCCUUCUCGGAACCGGACCUGACCAGCGUCAAGGAGAGAAUGAGGAAGGAGCCGCUCAAGGAGCGGCCCGUGUCGGAGAUGUUCUCCUUGGAGGACAGCAUCGUGGAGAGGGAGAUAGCGCAGAGGACGUUGGAGAGACAGAAGAUGUCCGUGGACUCCAUGAAGAGGCCGCUGAUGAUGGCCGCCCUCAACGGCCUCUACGUGGCCCGCGUGCCCGUCCCCGAGUGUCCGGCGGAGGACGGCGCCAAGGCUGCCCCUGACGAGCGGUGUAAGACGUUGGAGCUGAAGCUGGAGGAGGAGCGCGUCUUCACCGAGUACGAGCAGGUGCCCAAAAAGAGGGCGGACGGCGCCCUCACCACGGCCGCGCUCCCCGAGAACGCGGAGCGCAACCGCUUCCGUGACGUGGUCCCGUACGAGGAGAACCGGGUGGAGCUGGUGCCCAACAAGGAGAACAACACCGGCUACAUCAACGCCACCCACAUCAAGGUGACCAUCCGAGGGGAGGAGUGGCACUACAUCGGCACCCAGGGCCCGCUGGCCAACACCUGCGCCGAUUUCUGGCAGAUGGUGUGGGAGCAGGGCGUCAAUGUCAUCGCCAUGGUUACGGCCGAAGAGGAGGGCGGGCGGCCCAAGAGUCACCGCUACUGGCCCAAGCUGGGCUCCAAGCACAACUCGGCCACGCACGGCAAGUUCAAGGUGACCACCAAGUUCCGCACCGACUCGGGCUGCUACGCCACGACGGGCCUGAAGGUCAAACACCUGCUGUCGGGCCAGGAGAGGACCGUGUGGCACCUGCAGUACACCGACUGGCCCGAGCAGGGCUGCCCCGAAUAUGUCCAGGGCUUCCUCUCCUACCUGGAGGAGAUCCAGUCAGUGAGGAGGCACACCAACUCCAUGCUGGACACCUCCAAGAGCCUUAACCCCCCCGUGGUGGUGCACUGCAGCGCAGGGGUGGGCCGCACCGGCGUGGUCAUCCUCACAGAGUUGAUGAUCAGCUGCCUGGAGCACAAUGAGCCCGUGGAGAUCCCCACCAUGCUGUCGGGCUUGCGGCAGCAGCGGAUGCUGAUGGUCCAGACCAUCUCGCAGUACAAGUUCGUCUACCAGGUCCUCAUCCAGUUCCUCAAGAACUCUCGCCUCAUCUGAAGUGUCUGCGGACGACAAGCCCUCACCCGCGUUUUGAUUUUUUUUUUUUUUUUAUCUUCUUCUUCUUCAGUUUUCAACUGCUAAUACAUUCUGUACAUUUCCUCAAAUAGCGGCCAGUUAAAAAAAAGGCAAACGCCACCUUCAAAUGGACACUGCCUAACGUAUUUAUUCGGCACCAAGUUGCCACAAGAUGGCACCAAAGCCCUGUCUAAUAUAAAACUAUUGCUUUGACGCCAUCUUGGUGCCAAGUAACCAUUUUGAAGUGUGGCGAGGAACUUCUGUUAAACACGCCAAAGCCCCUUCUCGUAGAAAAGUAGUGCUUUGCUGCCAUCUUGUGGCAUCUAUAGGUAAUUGUAACCCUUUUUGGGAGGAGCGUGUCAAUGGUUCACACAAAGCUGGUGCAUUUGAACGCUGCUGCUAAGCAAAAGAGCAGUACUUACCGUGGCAAGUGCAAAGUUAAAAUGAUGCAAUCAUUUUAAACAUAAACAACUGAGAUUGUUUAAUGUUACUCCAAAAAUGCGCCAGAAGUUCCUCCGCCGUCUGCCGUUGAGAGAACGAAACGCCCCAGGCCGCUAGAUGAAGAAAUGCAUUUUAAAAGUGGCACAAUAGUGCUUGGAUUUAAAAAAAAAACAAAAACAAACAAUCAAACAAACAAAAAAAACAGCAAAUAUUUACUUUGAUGUUGUAACGAAUGCCUUAUUUUUUUUUUUCCUUGUAUAUUUAUUUAUCCAUCUCAACAAUGAGCUGCCCAGCCUUACAUUUCAAAAUGUCCAUCAUGAAAAUCACGGGUGGGCUGUACAAGAUUUCCCAACAAAUGCAAGUAGUCACAGCGCUUCACUUUUGGCACAUUUUGUCACGGCGUGACCUCAUUCCAGAAUGGGGGGGGAAAGUACUUUACUAAACAGGUUGUCAUUAUGGGAUGUCGUGUGUGGAAUUUAGAGGGGGAAAUGAGUUCAAUGUGGAAAAGGGCUGUUGCAUAACAAAACAUGGAAGGUGAAAAGGUGAAACAUUUUGAAUACUUUUCAUACGAUGUUUAUUAUUAUGUAUCGUUAUGUCAUAAUGUUGGAUUUUUUUGUCGCUCUCGAACACUUCCUGUAAGGUUUCAUUGGUUGUUGGUUUAGGUGAGUACAUUUGAACAAUCAAGAUGAAACCUCGAAAAAAAAGUACAAAGAGUGCAUUGAAAGACUCGUUGGACAAACUGUAAAUAGCGUUCAGUUGUGCCUUCAAGGAGCUCUCCACGCCUAUCCUAGCUGAAAUCUUUUUGAGUCACUAUUUAUCCUGCAACAUGUUCAUAAAAUAACUUUUGUUUGUUUGUUUGUUUAUGUACAGACACGUGUAUUGUGUGAAAAUACUUGUUAUACUUUCAUGACUUGGUACUAAAAAAUACCGCAACCUGUUCAACUACGCAUGCAUUUUUAAAACAAAUCUAUAUUUGAAUGUAUAUAUAAGCAUAUAAAUAUAUAUAUUCUGGUGUGUAUAAGCUUCCGGCUCUCGCGAGUGUUUUAUUGCACUCGUUUGUCACGUGGCAUUGCACUGUUUGUUCAUAUUUAAUCCCCCUUUCUUUUUCUUCUUCGUGUGUGUGUGUGUGUGUGUACAUAUUUUGUAUAUGUUUUCACUGCAUUCUCCUCCUCCUUGUACUUGCUUGUAAUGCAAUAAAGCCUUAUUUUCUCUA